UUAUGUUUCCACUCGAAAUGUGAGUCUUUACAUGCUGCUUUCUACGUUAGACUAGAACUGUUCGGCUUCUUAUUUUCUUCACCGUAGCCGGAUCCGCUUGUCAGCAACUUAACUGGUCUGAUACGUGCUUCUUCGCAAACAAGUAAAAGCUGACUUGCGUCCGAGGGCUUUCAGUUACAGCAUUCCACCACCAUUCCGUGGCAGGUUUUCACCAUCCACACCCGUCGCGGAAUUGGCCAGAGGGGCGAACUCAGCCGUGUUGUCGCCUUGUUCCCGCGGUCUAAGCAAGCAACUAUUCAGCAGUACAGCAGAAAUCUCUUUCCAGCCGGCCGUGCAGUGCGUUCUGGCAGCUCUCAAAACAGCCUACGGUGACGGGUCGUAGCAGCGACGACGUGUCCCGAAGUGGCAACGGGUUGGUGAGGAAAUAAUUUUAUCGACAGUCAAUGACUCAACGUUCGCAUGCCGGAAAUGGAGGAGGCCCUUACAAAAAACAAACCAUUCUGCUUGCCCAACCCUGACACGCGAGUGGUGGUCUUCUGCAAAACAGUCUUCAAGUUGAAAUUGAGGAGCAGCAUGCCAAGAGAUGCUCGCCUACUGGAUUUCUUCGGCAGUGACGAUGUCCAAUACGACAUCCAGCGUGUCAUCAACGCAACGUUGAGAAGGGCAUGUCGAGGCUUGCCACUACAGCCAUUUUGUGCCGGACAGCUGGUCUUCUACCCGUAUGUCCGCUAUUGGCCAGCACCAAAGGACCUUCUGUUUCUUUGCGAUGGUCAGCCAUUGAAGGCCUGCAGUUUCGUCAUAAUCCUGUCGGUGGAGGCCCAUCGUGCAAAGUGCUUGCAGUCACAACCAGUAGCAAUCAAUAAGGGAAGUACUGCAAUUGGGGGAAACUCGACAUUGCCUUCCCAUCAACGGACGAGUACUAGAUCAUUGGCAGGAAGUAGUCCCCCGACGCCCACAAGCGAUGAGGAUUCCUGCCACAGCUCCUGCUCUGAGUGCGCUAGCAGCUCGUCUAAUGGAAACGGCAAAAUGUCUGGAAAGAGGAAAAGAAAGAGAAGACACUCUCUACCACGAGCAAAGCGGCUGUUUGACAGUGCUCGGCCAGCUCCUUUGGGACCAAACACAAGAGGACAGCAGAACAUGCAGAGCUUGAGUGGAGAGGAAAUGGCCACUGGCCCUCAGAUAAAUGCAUCCAAGGAGCUGAGCAAACAAACCACCGACAUGAAUACAGAACUCUCAACUACUGAUUGCCAGGACCAACAGCUUCACCUUGGAAAGCGUUUUUGUCGAUGGUUGCUUGGCAUUCGAACAUAGGAUCCCAAAGUUCAUCUGUGGUAGCGAAUUUUGAAGGCUCUGCGCUGAAAAGCACUGAGCGCGUCACCCAGUACCUGCUAUCUACGACUACAUUAGACUACAGGUGUGCUCGGUGAAAUCCGACGCGGAGUGUCUUUUUUGUGCCCGCAACCUUCACAGCCCUUGACGCCUUGGAAGUGGUACGAAUGUGGCUGGACGUGCACAAUAACAAAAGUCAUGUACAUGUACAAGUAGUGGUUGUAAAUAUUUAUAAUCUCAACUGGUCCGGGGCAUCAAUUUAGCACUUUGCGUCGAAUUUCAGCCAGCACAACUAACUGUUCAUGUAUUCUCCAAUGCACUUACUCAAAGUUUAUGCUAUCUGAUGAUCACCCAGUGCGUGAAACUUGGAAGUAAGUUAUUGCAGAAACAGCCUCUCGUCCCCGGUAUAUAUAUUUUUUUUGUGUAUGCCGCUAUCAUGCAGCACUCUGGUGCAUUAAGCACUCUUUCAAAUUGCCAUGACGCUACUCUCUAAUUGUGUCCUUCCACUACAAAUCCAUAUUACAAGCAAAAAGUAAAACAUUACCAAUCCAACCCCUCCCUGGCCUCCUAUUAUCGAUCUUCUCUCCACAGAAUUGAAGGCUUUCCGCGGUCGCGAUUCCCUUCUGCAAGAAUUAUCUUUUCAGAUACCGCCCCACCCUGAAUAUCUGACUGCGGCCAUGAGGAGCAUGAUCAGCUGAAUGCACAAGUCAAUGUACACCCAACCGGUACCUGCAUUUUGCUCAUACUGUCACGAUGUUUUUCAUGAAUACACCGCCGAGCAUAUCAUCAUAAUUACCAUGCUCUCUCGUAUCUUAGCCUCUCCCCGCGUUAUCUGCCAAACUCCAGAAUGGGCACGUAAUGAAGUCAUCCUGUGCACAUGAUCUCAUCAGGAGAUUUCCCCAAAGCGGUUCACAUCACAUCGCAUAUUUUGGUACUUUUCAGAUUGUGCAAAUUGACCUGCCCGGCCCGAAAUAAUCGGUAGCGGUAGGGCUAUUGUGAGUGAUCUGCAGUACGAUAUUGGCUUCACAGUGGCCACAUAACAAACCUUUUCACCACAACGCUGUUUUGCCCGCACAUAACUAUGGAUAUACAUGUACGUUUUCAGUUGACUUUGGAUUCUUCAGUGCCUGGCUUGCUGCAUGACUUUGGGGGUGUUCGCUUUUGAUCUAACUGUGGCAGGUCUUGGUAAAAUAAUAUGUUCUUUUCAGUUUAUACCCCAAUCGGUAGAUUCUACUUCUCGAAGUACUUUCCUCUACCGGCCGGCUCCAUGGAUCUACAGUAAGCCAAGUGGUCCUUAGUACCAGGUCCCAUACAUUCGUGGCAUACCGGAUCGUGUACAUACGGUGCAUGAUUGUACAUGUACUUCAAAAUACUCAUAUUGACAGGUGUGGAGCAUAGAAUACUUUCGUGAAGGCAAAGCACACCUCACUCAAUUGCAUGCAGCGUAU